AUGUCUGCCCUCGCCUCCUUCUCCGCGGUCUCGUGCUUUGCCAACGCCACCCAAUGUUCCGGCACCUCCUGCCUGGUCCCUCCCAGCAACUUCAACGAGAUCCUGAGUGUGGUCCUGAGCGCUGUGCUCACGGUCAUGCUGGCCAUGGUCAUGUUUGCCAUGGGCUGCACCGUGGACAUCUACAAGCUGUGGGGCCACAUCCGGAGGCCCUGGGGCAUCUUCGUGGGCUUCCUGUGCCAGUUUGGCAUCAUGCCCUUCACCGCCUUCGCGCUGUCGCUGGCAUUCAACGUGAUGCCCGUGCAGGCAGUGGCCAUCCUCAUCAUGGGCUGCUGUCCCGGUGGGUCCAGCUCCAACAUCCUGGCCUACUGGCUGGACGGGGAUAUGGAUCUCAGUAUCAGUAUGACAACCUGCUCCUCCAUACUGGCCAUGGGAAUGAUGCCUCUGUGCCUGCUCAUCUACACCUCUGUCUGGACCUCUUCAGAUACCAUCCAGAUCCCCUACCAGAGCAUAGGUAUCACUCUGAUAUCUCUCCUGAUCCCUGUUGCGUUGGGGAUCUACGUCAAGAAUCGGUGGCCCGCAGCCGCUAAGAAGAUCCUCAAGGUUGGCUCCAUCAUGGGCAUCGUCCUCAUUGUGGUUAUUGCUGUGGUGGGUGGGGUUCUGUAUCAGUCAUCUUGGAUCAUCUCUCCCUCUCUCUGGAUCAUUGGAGCCAUAUACCCCGUGAUAGGCUUCAGUCUUGGCUUUCUGUUGGCCCGUUUUGUGGGACAGCCCUGGUUCAGGUGUCGCACAAUUGCACUGGAGACAGGCUUCCAGAACGCACAGCUUUGCAGCACCAUCGUCCAGCUGUCCUUCUCUGCUGAAGAGCUGGAGGUCAUGUUCAGUUUCCCACUCAUCUACAGCAUCUUCCAGCUGGUGGUUGCCGUGGGAUCAGUGGGAGCCUACCAGCUGUACAAGAAGCAUUGCCGAGGACCAUCGGCUGAUGACGACCUUGAACAGGCGGUGGCCACAGAUGGAGAGGAGGAAAAGAGGGAGUAUGCUCUGGAGAAUGGCAGAUUCCAGCAUGAUGAGAAUGGGAAGGUGGGGUGCAAGUUGACCCAGCUUUGA